GCAAAUUUGAUGGUCGCUGUGUUUGGUGCAGCCCCGGAGAGCUUGGACGCCGCCUCGCCAGCCCGCAGCUGAAGAAGCUUUUGGUGUACUCACUGCUGCAGUUACAGACCGCAGAAGCUGCGUUUCGUCAAGCUGUAAACAGGAUCCCAGAGGAGCAUCGGCAGGACAUCUUGGCGGCGCUACGGGAACGCAGCGAGGCCUUGGGCCAGGACGCGGUGGCGACGCCAGCCGCCGCGGCUGUCCUGGACGACGUCCCGCCCGAUUCGGAGUCAGCUUCAGACCAGUUAUCCACGGAUGAGGUAGAAGAAGUGCCGCUGCUUUCCGCAGACUACGACAUAGACGCUUCGGCCAAGCUUGGCCAAGCUGACCCUGACCCUGAACUUCACUUUCAGGAAGAAAACAGAGCAUGGGAUCUGCCGGUACUACCUCACUCAGAUAGCGACGACAGCCCCCGGCAGCAUGCUGCAGAAGCGCCUCGAGCCAAACGUCGGGGUGGUGUGCUGCGCCGCCCUGCAGCACUCGAUGCACUGGAGCAACCCAUCGGACCCGGCUUGGCAUUGGCCGGCGCCCUCGCCUCUCAACCGAUGCGACGACCUGCUGCAGCAAAACGCGUGCCGAAAAGCUCCGAACGCUGCAAAGGCUCUCAAGGCCGCGAAUGUACUUUUUCCACUUUAGCGCUAGGGCAGGCAGCAACAGUGCAGCCCUUCAGGAAGCAGACCCAUUGCUUGUUCUGCAGCGACACGACCUUGGACCAUGUACUGGCGCACCAACGUGGAGCACAAGUCACCAAGACUUUACGACAACUUAAGGCUCUAAGCUCCGAGAAGUACGAGGAAGCUUUGUGCAAUCUCCGCCAACGUCAGGGUGACAAUUUUGCUUCGGACUUUGCCGCACGUGUCGAGCGAGCAGAACGCAAGAGCCAGACGACUUCUUCGCCGGCCGUCGACCAGUGGCGGACAGCCCUCCAGUUUCGCCAGCGCGUCGCCGGUGCGCUGGACCGUCGCGCAGCUGCAGCGCACACUGUGAAAGUGCGAAGAGAUCGCGGUCUAGUUCGACGGAAAUUUUUCUGCCCACAACACCUCAGCCGGCAUUAUACUGAAGCAAAUGUAGCCGAAGAGCUGGCACUCGCACCGCCUGCUGCAGACGUCGCUUUCAAUGACUCUGGUCUUCCGGCACCCGAUAUCUCUGAGCGAGCAAAAAUGGCGGAGCAAUGGUGCAAGCUUGGUUCGUGGCGCAUAUGUCGUCAAUGCCACAGUGUGCGCCCGCGUCCUUUCCAACCGGGAGAUUUACGGCGCGUCGCCCAGCCCACCGUCCAGACCUGCAUUCUGUGCCGGCGCGGUGCGCGCGUGCCGCAGCCAGGUGAUGUGCCCGAACCUUUGCGCGAACUCUCUGCAGACGUGGUGAUAGCCCUGCGGCCACUGGACGUGGACACUGGCAACUAUGAGCGAGCUCCACACGGUUACCGCGUCCAUGCAUCCAUGGUCCGGUUUGCAUGGGCCGCCAAAGACGUCGAAACCAAGAUCGCGCAGCUGUCGCACGCGCGGGAGCGGAAGCAGGCCAAGCGGGCAUUUCGCUAUCUGACAGAAUCGGAGCAGGGCCGGUCGACUUCGGCUUACGCUGACUUCGUGGAACGCCAUCGCCGCUUCUUGACUACCCACGAAGACGCCGCGGAGCAGGUGCGAAAGCGGCCGCUUCGCUUUCUGGAGGAACGAGCCCUGGAGUGCGCGCUGUGGCCGCACCUAUACUGGGAUACGUCCCUCUGCGAAACAGUUGUUCGCCUUACAGACGUGCGCCGGCAGCGGCCGGUCCGGCCGAGGGCCUGCAUGUCCAGCGGCGAGGAAGACGCAGGCUGCGCCACCUCGGACGAAGACUCCGCGUCUUCUGCGUCCGCAGACAGUGCCGGAGAGCUCGCCUCUGCUGCCGGCCGGCACAGUGUACGCCGCAGUUUCCUGAACAAAGUUCUGGGACCCAUCGUGGGGCCGGAGACACUUCACAUGGCUCAUGUUCUCAAGGAGCUCGACCGCGGGUAUUUCAGCGGCAUGAACCGGCGCACUGUCGGUCGCCGAGAUCGACAGUGGAAAGACCAUCUCCUCGCCGCAGCUGACGGUUCGGAUGUUAACACCGUGCUUAAUUUCGUUUCUCGCUUGGAGUUUCAAGAUGGAAAGCGAAAGACCGGCACCCAGCGAUACCACGGGCGCGGCGCGGUUCACUCUCACUCCUUGGACUAUCUAGAGAACGUCGGUGCGGUGCGACUGCACGAGAAGCUGAGUGCCUCGGUGCCACAACAAGCGGAAGCCGUGAUCACGCGGGGCAUCGUCCUAGACUCGCAGCUAGACAGAAAUAACAGCAAGGUGGACAUCCGAGAAGAACCCUCUGCGUGGGACGACGCAGAGCAGAAGGUGCUCUUACACCACACCGAGGAAGACCAUGCCCGCCAUGUCCGCGCAUAUUUUCCUGAAGCUUUGCAGGUAAGCAAGUGCCAUGAAGACGUCCUGCAGGCAGACGGGCACGGUGCACUCAUGCGCUACGUCGCGACGUACCAGCAAAAGUUCAGUGGGAGCUUUGCUGGUGAUUGGUUGAACGACGAAGCGUCAGACUAUAGCGUGGCGCGACGCAUUCUCUUUGACCACCACCCACUCGAACCUGAAAUGUGGCUCAGCCUUGCUGGUGCCAUGUUUCCUCAAUUUUCUUUCGGCGGCGCUUUGGUGGAUAUCUUCGCGCCCUACCCCGGCAUGGAGCACAAGCCGGACUUUGUCGUUCGCUACGAAACUUGCAGCUGGAGAGGGGAGAGCAUGACCUUGCUGGACUUCCUGCGGAAAAGCAAUUCUGUCGGCGCCAUCCUGCAGUGGGUGCGUCGCAAGCACAAGGCGACGGAGCCAGCUGGCGCCGAUUCUGUCGAGGAAUUCGCACGCAGCUGUCCCGCUCGUGGGGAGAAAGCUGUUGCCGCCGCUUGCGUCUCCCGCCUGCGAGACCGAUACUACGGCCAGUGGCUUGCACUGCACUGCCCGUUUGCUCAGUUAGACGACUUCUUCGUGCCCGAAAUCCAAGAGAAGGUCCCGGAAAGAUAUCAGCUUUUCGCCACCGCGUUGCACUGGCGUGCCGAUUAUUGGACCAACUUGGACCAACUCCGCGCGGACAUGCAACUGGAAGCAUGCAGCAGCGACCACAUCGAGACGGUGUGUAACCUCGUGCGUGCCCAAACUCAUCUCGUCGGUCGCUACCUCCAAGGAGAUCUCGUCCGAGAAGAUGUGCGGGAUGCCAUCGAGGAGGUGGAAGCGGAAGCGGCAGAAGCUCCGCGACCGGCAGACGGCGACGUGCCGUUGGUGCUCGAUGCUUCGCAGCGUCGCCUGCAGCGCUUGAUCGAUCUCAGCGUGCAGCGAUCCUUGGACGCUCGAGCGGCAGAGGAUGAUGCGCUGGACGACAUCGCUCUGGACGCGCACAAUACUAACCGCAUAUUGGCGGCUGUCGGGCCGCCGGGCUCAGGUAAGACUAGUGCCGUUCAUGCUUGCAUUCGGCGGUGGCAUGCGCGAGGGGCCCGCAUUCUUUUCGCUUUGCCCACGGGACAGCUAGCCGCUCAGAUGCGACGCCUGCAUCCGGAUAUCGAUGUGGACACAUGCCACGGUGCAUUCUUGUUCCAUAAAGAAAUCUCCGAAGCCUUGCCCAUCCUCAGCUCUUACGACCUGGUCAUUGUGGACGAGUUGUCGAUGCUCACCAGCGAGCACUUCGAUCGUCUGGACACUAUGUGGCGUGCAGCGGAUCGCUUGCCCUGCAUGGUUUUCCUUGGUGAUUUCUGGCAGCUGCCCGGGCCGCAGCAGCCGCCGAGCAAAGUGUCAGACAGCCAGGCAUGGAACGGUGUCAAGCAGAUAAUGUUCAACACUAUGCACCGCUGCGAAGAUGCGCGCCUGGCCAAGAAGCUUGCAGCUCUGCGAACCGCUGUUCCUAGCAAGCGUCUCUUGAAACAGAUUGCCAACCGAGCCCAUCGCGCUUGGACCGACGCCGAGCCCACUGCUUACGACGUCCUCGAGGUGUUUCGAAGGACAGACUACGCAACAUCCAUGGUCACGUGCACCAGGAAGGGCGCGCAGACGCUGAACGAUCUUGCGGUGGAUGUGCUGUUCAGGCACCGGCACCAGACGCCCCUAGGAGAGCUGCCCUUCGAUUGGGAAAUGGACCCAGGCAACUACACGCAAGAUGGCACUUUGUGCUCUGAUGCUCCGCCAAAAUCCAUGCCCACCAGGGUGUACAAGGACAUGCGUGUGUUCCUUACCAAGAACUUGAACAAGAGACAAGACUUUGUGAAUGGCAUGGGUUGCAAGGUACUCGACUAUCACGAGCGUAGUGGUUGUCUAACCGUGCUCACCGACACUGGCAAGCGGCUUGCCGUGAGCGCUGUUCGUGAGCGCGUUGGCACUCACGACGUGGACUACUUCCCGCUCCGCCUGGGGUACGCUUCGACCGUGCAAAAGGUACAAGGGCAAACGCUGAAGCAUAUUACGCUUUGGCUUGACCGGCCCUGCUGCCGGGCUGCGGGGUAUGUGGCGCUGAGUCGGGUGCGACAUGACGAGGACUAUCUUAUCGCUGGCAAAAUCCGCCCGCACCAUUUCACACCUGCGAUGUGA